AUGAUCACCUCUCCGAGCAAUAAGCAAGAAAUCACCUUGUCGGCUCAAAAGGAAUCUGAUGAGGAGGAACAUUUUGUUGAUGAACCAGAUGAAGAUGACACUGAAACACAGACUGGUCCUGCUGCUGAAGGUGUACCUGUCAAGAAGGAACCAGGAAAAUACAAAAAACCAUCCUGGGUGCACAGAGCUAAUCUUAAUCAUAAAUCAGAAAAAGUGGACUAUGAUCCAUAUCACAGGAACCCACAGUACUGUCAUGCUGAGAAUGAAUGUAUCUGGGAACUGGAAAAUUUUACACUACACUAUCAUCCUUCUGUAUCACUUUUUGCUAAACAAAUACUCAAGGGAGAGAUUGUUCAAUACACAGGUGAUCCCCUUCAGGACUUUACCCUCAUUCGAUUCCUCGACAGAUUUGUCUACAAAAAUCCGAAGAAGAAAGAACAGAUUGAAGAGAAAGCAGUAAGUUUGUCUAGGAAACAGACUGUACCAACAGGUAUCAAAGGACUGCCGGUAACCAGUGAACAGUUCUUAAGACUGGAAGAAAAGCGGGUACCAGCAGAUGAUGUUUUCUUACACAGGUACUUCCAGCAAAAAGCUGUCAAAGAUGAGAAAAAGUUGGAGGAUGAAGACAGUGAUGUUGAAAGUGUGACUGAUGCUGAAUUUGAUGAUUUCUUAGACAAGUAUGAGGGUCAGCUAGAUGGACAUGAUUUCUCCAAUAUUGACUUCUCAAGUGAAUUUGGUAAGAAGAAGAUGAAAGGAGAUAAUGAUGAAGAUGAUGACGAUGAUGAUGACUUAGAUGAUGAUCUCUCAGAUGAAGAAAUUGACUUUGAAGAUGAUGAAUUGGCUAAAGCAUUUAGAGAUGAAAUGGAAGGUGAUGAUAGUGAGGACAAUGAAGAUAGUGAUGACGAUGAUGAAAUGGGAGUCUUUGCUGAUGCUGACAAUUUUGCUGAGGAGUUUGCUAGUGAUAAUGAAGGGGAGCAAGGUGGCUUCAAUGAAGAAGACAUAGAAUUUUCUGAUGAUGAUGACGAUUUUGCAGAUUUUAUGCCCAAAGGUAAAAAGAGGAAAGCAGCAGAAGACACGCAGUCGGGGCUCAGGAAAGGGAAAAAAUCCAAACACGGUGAUGGAGGUGGUCUGUAUGCAGCUGCUGAACAGUUUUCUGCAGUGAUGGAUGAUACAGCAGGAUCAAAGAUGAACAUGAUUGGUUCAGAUGCUCUCUCUAACACAGAUAAAGCAGAUGUGAAACAGUUGAAAUGGGAAGUUGAAAGAGAUAGGUGGCUUAAAGGUGGAAAUAAAAAACAUUUUAAGAAGGGUGGUGGAAAGUUUUCAAAGAAAGGAGGGAAUAGGCCUGGCGGAAAAUCAUGGCGUCAGAAAGGAAAACAGAAAGUUGGUGGCCCCCGGAAACCCCAGAGUGGGUCUGGAAAAUGGAAUAAUAAACAGGGCAAAGCUAGGAAAGGCAAACGUUGAACUGUAACUGUGAUACAGAGUUAAAGAUCAUAAGUGUUUUCAAUAAAUAAAGGAAUAAAAUGUAAAGUUUUUUAA